AUGCCAUGCCUGAAGAGGAUGAAGGAAAGGAUCUUUGGUUACCUUGUAGAAUGUGAGGCGAGUAAUUGUGAAGACGCCUAUGCCGAGUGCUUUAACUUCACCUCGACGGUGUGUUGCGUCUGCCCUCCAGGAUUCAAUGGCGGUGGAUGGGAGAAGUGCAUACACCGACGCUCUGCCGAUCGUUUUAUCCGCCUAAAAGGAAUGAUAUCAAUCAAACAUCCUGACGAUAACUACGAACACAGUUUCCCGAUCUCCCACGAGACAAUCACAAUUCGAGGUCCACCACUGGGUCAAACGGCAAUAUACGACGUCCCUUCCAUGGGUGUGGUGCACAACACCCUUCGUCUUCUCACCCCACUCCUUCAUUACAUUAAUAGCCUCACAAGCUUUCCAACCGAAAACUCACGAAUCUACAACAUAUUUUCCCUGACAGGUGGAUUUUCUAACCUUGUUCGCCUGAGAUUCAAUGUCUCCUAUCAGGGUCUCGGCAACCUCCUGGUUGAUAUUCAGAUUCAACGCUCCAUCUCGGACUCGGAUUACUACGAGGGAAAUAUGAAUGUAGAGGUGAGAAUUGAGGAGUCGUUUAAGGUACCGAAGGAAAUCUACGUGGAGAAGCAGUUUGGCAGUAGGGUGAUUCACUACUCAAAAAUCGCACGAGGUGUUCUGCGAUUCAGACGUCAACGCCUGAAACUCACUACGAUAACGCAGCAGACUCCGAAGGUAUUGCGAGUCGGCAUAAUCGGAACGGGGUACGUGUCAGUGGACGAAGCAGCGUGUCUGUUGCAGAAUGGCUCUCUAUUGGAGGAAGAUAAAGAUGCUUUCAGUGUGCGACUGGAUCCAAAAGGCUAUUGUAAUACGGCCUGCCCACACAGUAGCACCUUCUGCACCAUCUACUGCCUCGACUACCCUGUUCUAGAAUCUCAACAGGCGUUCCCAGAGUUGCACACUUCUUUUGCAAACAUAAAAUAUUCUGCUUAA